CCCCUUCUCUCGGACUUUUCUUCCUUUUUUUGCGACAGCAGGGAAAAGUUCUGUGGAAACUUCGUGGAUAUGUGCUGCUCAUCUUUUUGCUUUAGCUCGGUUUAGCAGCUCCUGACCUUCCACCUUUCUCGGAGGGCCGCGUGCGCUUGCGAUGGAUCACACACUGUUUGGCUGCCUGCGCAGCCCCCAUGCGCCCGCACAGGGCCUGCACCCCGCCACCUUCUCCCCGUCCCCCCUCACACUGCACGGACGCUCGGACCACAUCUCCUACCCGGACCUGGCCUCCUCUUCGUCCUCCUCCUCUCCUUCCUCCACGUCCUCGCCCUCCACUUGCAUCAUCUCCAGCUACGUAUCCGAAGACAGCCUGUACCCAGGGACGCACCCCCACCACCACCAGCACCCCCACCAUCACCACCACCCCGCUGCCCAUCGUGGCCACUUGCAGCAGCAUCACCCGCCCACCCAGCACCAUGCUGCCUGGCAUGUCCCCCAGAUGCCCUCGCCCGGCGGGGGUGCGCGGCCGAACCUCUGCCACCCACACUCUCACCUGUCCCAUGACAGUGGGCCAGCCCCUCCGGACCUGGGACACCCCGGCGGGCCCACUAUGUGUGCCACCACCCCCAGCCUGGGUGGCAGCAGCACCCCCACGGGGGCCUCCUGCGUGCCCGCUGAGUUUGGAAGGCCGACGCCUUCACCUGCUGAGGCUGAGAAGAGGAACGGCAAGAGGAAAAGUGACAGCUCAGAACCCCAGGACGGGAGCUACAAGUCGGAUCUGAGCAGCAAGCCCAGAAAGGAGAGGACGGCCUUCACCAAGGAGCAGAUCCGGGAGCUGGAGGCCGAGUUUGCCCACCACAACUACCUAACCCGACUCAGACGCUACGAGAUCGCCGUCAACCUGGACCUCACAGAGAGACAAGUAAAGGUGUGGUUCCAGAACCGGAGGAUGAAAUGGAAGCGCGUGAAGGGUGGCCAGCAGGGGGCGGCAGCCCGGGAGAAAGAACUGGUGAACGUGAAAAAGGGGACGCUGCUGCCGUCCGAGUUCUCCGGCAUUGCGGCCUUGCGCCACUCCACGGACUCUCUGGCCAACGACGACAGUCACGACAGCGACCAGAGCUCGGAGCACGCUCACUUAUGAUCCACUUUUGCAACAUCGUCAUACAACGAUGCUAAAUAAAUGUAGGAGACAGUACACAUCCUGACCACACAGUAGGAAUAUUGUAAAGGUGAGCUUUUGGCUACGCUGACUAAGGCAGUACAAGUACAAGUGUAAACAUUCCAUGGUUGUUUUGCACUGCUGGACAUCCAAGCUUCCACCACGCGGGUCACAUGUUAGCCAGGCCGCCCUGCAACGCCGUUGUUCCUGCAGAGAGACCCCUUUUUCCUGAAUUUUGUGGCAUGAGUUUGAGUUCUGGCGACUGCAGCAUCUGAUUCAAGACAUUGUCACACUGAAAACCCAUCAGUGACCUGUUCUCACAAUUGAUGUGCUUUUCCCUCAGUUAGGUCAUUCUGUGUUCAUCACAAUAAAUACAUGAGGGGUGGGGCAUACUGCAAAGUUUGCUAUGGAUCCGAUACCAAGUAAAUAUCCCGUAUUACCGGUACUGAUAUAUACCGUAUAUUCGUUUAUGUACACACAAACUCAUGUGAGCCAUUUAACAAUACAGUCAAACCUCGGUUUUGGUACGCUCCAGUUUCCAUAUGAUUCGGUUCUCAUCGAACAUUUUCGCCAAAACUUUGCCUGUUUUCAUACAGUAUUGCAUGUAACAAACCAGAGUCAAACCUUUUGUUUGCCCAAGUUUUCGUAUCAUACGGUUUUCAUCAGAAAUUUUUGUCAAAACUUUUGUGCAAAUUGCAUGUAACAAACUACAGCCAAACCUCUCUUUGUUCUCCCCAGUUUUCGUAGGAUUUGUUUUUUGUCAAACAUUUCCGCCCAAAUUUUUGCCCAGAUUUUCAUACACUGUCUUGCUUUUUGUUGUACAAUAUUACACGUUACAAACUACUGUACAAUCAAACCUCAGUUUUUGUAUGAUUUGAGUUUUUGUGGAAAAUUUUCACCAAAAUCACCAAGUUCCAUUCAUUCCAUCCAUUCCCAAAACUAGAAUUAUUGUGUAAAUGCUGGGAGUUGUUAACAGCAAGCAUGCUAGCAUUACCAGCAUGCUGAAAUUAGCAUAUUACAUUUUUUUGCUAUUUUCAAACGUACAAACUUACACAGACAAUGGUUUCGUGUUAGCAUGCUAACCGUUUGCAUGUUAGCAUUGCUAGUAUGCUAACAUUAGCAUGUACUUGACAUUGGUGCUAUCAUGCCAGGUGUUAACAUGCUAACAGUUAGCAUGCUAAGUACAGCAUUUCAGUCCUGCGUCAGCUCGCCAGUGUUCGGGCGUGGGAUUUGACAGCGAGUGCAGGAUUCACAUGCAAUUUCUCCUGAGAUUUCGUACACACAUACCUCUCCAAAACAUGUAUCUCUUGUUCUUAUUUUUGGGUGUCUGGCACUAAUUAAUUGGGUUUACAUGAUUUCCUGUGGGGAAAAAGUGCCUCGGUUUUCAUACGUCUCGGUUUUGGAACGAACUAAAACCAAAACCUGAGGUAUCACUCUACAUGUAUUUCAUACAACGAUAGAAGACACUGCAACAAUAUCAACAAAAUAAUACAAUUAUUCCCUCUUAUUACAUACAAUUGCUUGAGCAAAAUAAAGUAAAUUGCGCAAAUUAGGAAAAGCAAAAACUACUAUUGACUCUCAUUUUGCCCCCAAAGGACUUAUUUCCCGAGUACAGCAGCGUAACAAUGAACAACACAACAACAAAACACACAAAAGAAAUGUAAAAAUAAACAAAAGACAACUGAAUAAUAUCAAUCUCAUCACCGUAGUAUCGAUUUGAUACAGAUACAAGCGUUGGUAUCAAUACUACCGAUAUUUGGAUCGCUCUGUCGGCCCCUAAAAUACAUGCAUAAAUCAGGGGUGUCCAUUUUUGGCUAGCAGCUCAUUUUUUAUAGGCCCUCUGCAUAUUCUAAAAAUGUAAUGAAUUCCUUAUCAAUAAGAUAUUUGAUGACACUAAUUAGCUUAGUCAGCUGCAAUACAAAGCUAAGAUGUUUUGUUCCGAUAGUUUAGACCUGGGGUGUCCAAACCUUCUGAUGCUAAGAAGUACCACAUAGAAUUCAAGAAAAAACCUGUAAAACAGCUAAAUCAGCUUUGUGAGCUUUGUGGGUGAAAAAGCGUGUUAUUGGUGUAUGAACUUAGGUCUUUGCCCCCCCCUUUUGCUGUUUAUUUUUAAAGGUCCAAAUAUUUCCACUUUCUUAAAUCAUCUAAUAGCAAUAGUUUGACUUUAUUCCCAUAAUAUUGUAACCUUUUCUCGCAACCUAAUUUUCUUAAAAUUACAUCUUUAUUUGUUGUUUUGUUUGUUUCUCGUAAUAAUACGACUUUAAUAUUUAAUAUUUAAACUUUAUGGUACUAAAAUUAUGGUACUAUAAUUAUUUUUUUUUCUGUAAUAAUGCGCCAUUAUUCUCGUAAAGUUACGACUUUUUCUCAUUGGAUUACAGCUUUUUUUCUCGUAAUAUUUUGACUUUGCCCAUCCAUCCAUCUUCUACCGCUACCGGGUCACGAGGGCAGCAGCCUAAACAGGGAAGCCCAGACUUCCGUCACCCAGGUUACUUCAUCCAGCUCUUCCCGGCGGAUCCCAAAAGUAGUCUCUCCAACGUGUCCUGGGUCCUCCCCGAGGCCUUCUACCGGUCGAACGUGCCCUGAACACCUCCCCAGGGAGGCGUCCGGAGGCAUCCUGACCAGAUGCCCGAGCCACCUCGUCUGGCUCCUCUCAUUGCGGAGGAGCAGCGGUUCUACUCCGAGGCUCUCUGGGAUGACAGUGCCUCUCACCUUAUCUCUAAGGGAGAGCCCAGCCGCCCUACGGAGAAAACUCAUUUUCAUCUUGUCCUUUUCAUCUUGUCCCAAAGCUCAUGACCAUAGGUGAGGGUAGGAACGUAGAACGACCGGUAAAUAGAGAGCUGAGCCUUUCGGCUCAGCUCCCUCUUCACCACAACCGAUCAAUGCGGAGUCCACUUCACUGCAGACGCCGCACCAAUCCGCCUGUCCAUCUCGUGUUCCAUCCUUCCCUCACUGGUAAACAAGACCCUGAGGUACUUAAACUCCUCCACUUGGGGCAGGAUCUCAUCCCCGACACGGAGAUGGCACUCCACCCUUUUCUGGGCGAUAACCAUGGACUCGGACUUGGAGGUGCUGAUUGUCAUCCCACCAAACCGUAACCCCGCGCCGAGAAAUUCUGUAAAGAACAGAAUCGGUGACAAAGGGCAGCCCUGGCGGAGUAUUUGGAAUUUAUUCUCGUAAAAUGACAGCUGAUUUUUCCUUCAAAUUAUAUUUUUAGAGUGUGCUGUGGGCCAAGAAAAAAACAGCUGUGGGCCGCACUAUGAACACCCCUGGUUUAGACCUGCAUUGGAUUAGUUUUAGCAUCUUCACCCCUGAGGCACGUAACACUGAGUUACACGUUUUAGCCUUAGGCCCCAGAAUGGUCCCUCAAAAAAUAUAUAUAUAUAUAUUUUAGUUUGUUAUGACCUUUUUGUCAUAACAACCCCUGAUUUUUUUUCAGUGGGAAAAACUAACAAAACAAAGCUGUUAUCAUGGGAGUCAAUGGGACCCAAUCGGUCCUGAGGGUAAAGAGUGGAUAUGCAAAUCUCCUAUUGUGACAAAUCCUGGCCACGUUUCAUAGAAUUGGCCUUAAAACCGAGCAAUGUACUGAGAACAAAUAAGCAGGAAAAAAGUUUUGAGACCCUGACACCCCUGGUAUAAAUGAUAGCAAGGAUGUUCGCUGUGAAAACCCAAAUAGAGAUAGAAAUGCAUGUUAUGACUUUAAUUUCAGCCAACAUGUUUGGAUGGUUUCAUCAGCCGUGCACAUGAGCUGUCACCUGAUCAAGCGACAAACAACAAGUGAAUGAAGUGUAAAUAAUCCGCAUUAUACGUUUAUACCACACUGACCCACUGUCCUGAAAGAAAUGAAAGAUUUUCAUGCAACGCCAGCAAAAGUUUGACGCGUGUGCUUAUGUCACACACGCAUGCAGCACUGCUUUGGAGGUGCGUGCUAAAUUUACCUUCACCCCGGGCCCGGGCCUGUGUUUGGACUGCUGGCAGGACUCGGGCAGAAAAGCUACAAAGGAUCGGAUUCUGCUCUCGAGCCCAAGAUGAAAAUAAUUUCACGGCUCGAUCUCAUCUUUCGCCACGCUGAGACGCUGAGACGCUGAGACUGACCCAGCAGGCCAAUUUCUCUCCAGACUCAUGCGCAUCACAAGGCUACGUGUGGUCUUCAUGGUGACUCAGGUCAGGUGAUGAGGUGAAAUGACACACUUUUAAAGGGCUUUCACGGUCUACGAAGAAAUGCUACAUUGUGAUGCAAUCAUGUACAUAACGUGCUAAAACUAUGAUGAUAUUUUGAACAACUGCUGAUAUGUAAUAAAUGGAAAACAACAAAUCCUCCUUUUGCUCAACAUGAUGAUGUUUAAAAAUUGAUUUUAUUUAUUGCCGUAUCAUUUUGAGGUCUCGUGGGUAUGGAAGCCC